GUUUUACUAAAGAGCGGUUUUCUAUUGGUGUAUGUUAAAAAUAUGACCAACCAGUUGUUACUCAAAUGCACGGGAUCUGCAUUUUGAUUCUGAGAGUGGAAUGUUAACACAGCAAACCAACCAGACCUCUACUAGUAACCGAGGUCAUCGAGGGUCUGGUACAACUUCUCAGAAAAAAGAAGAACGUCAACAUUCAGGAAAGCAGAAUAAUAUGCAACAAGAUGCACCACGUUCUUCACGGGAAGGAAAUACGCUGCUGGUCGGUCCAAAUUUCCGUGUUGGAAAGAAGAUUGGUUGUGGGAACUUUGGGGAACUUCGUCUUGGUCGUAAUUUGUAUACCAAUGAAUAUGUUGCCAUUAAACUUGAACCGAUGAAAACUCGUGCUCCCCAAUUGCAUUUAGAGUAUCGAUUCUAUCGUAUACUUCUAAGUGGUGGUGUUGUUGGAUUUCCAAUGGUUUAUUAUUUUGGACCAGUAGGCCGACAUAAUGCGCUUGUAAUGGAAUUGCUUGGUCCAUCUUUAGAAGAUCUAUUUGAAUCAUGUAAACGUCAGUUCUCUUUGAAAACUGUACUGAUGAUAGCAAUCCAGCUGCUUCGACGUAUUGAAUAUGUACAUUCAAAGCAUUUAAUAUAUCGUGAUGUUAAACCAGAGAAUUUUCUUAUUGGACGUCAAUAUUAUAAUAGACAUCGUACUAUAUAUAUCAUUGAUUUUGGUUUAGCUAAAGAAUAUAUUGAUCCAGAAACUCAAAAACACAUUCCUUAUCGUGAACAUAAAAGUCUUACUGGUACUGCACGUUAUAUGAGUAUUAAUACACAUUUAGGCAAAGAACAAUCUCGACGUGAUGAUUUAGAGGCCUUAGGUCAUAUGUUUUUAUAUUUUCUACGUGGUAGUCUACCUUGGCAAGGUUUAAAAGCUGAAAAUCUACGUGAACGUUAUCAGAAAAUUGGUGAUACAAAACGUGCAACUCCUAUUGAUGUUUUAUGUCAUGGUUACCCCGAAAUGGCUACCUAUUUACGAUAUGUUCGAAGUUUAGAUUUUUUUGAAGAACCUAACUAUGAGUAUUUACGUUGGGGAUUUACUGAUUUAAUGCAAAGAAAAGGUUGGGAAUGUGAUUGGGAAUUCGAUUGGUGCAGUCGACCGUUACCUGGAUCUAAACCUCCAGGAUCUACACAUACAUCUGGCGGACAGGCAGUAAAUCCACCAUUAACUAACGUUCCUGCUGGGAAUGCUAGUUGUAUGAAUAAUGGUGUACAAAACACAUCUGGACUUACUUCUCCUACUCAUCAUCCAGUGAAUGGUAAUCAACAAAGUCCUGGUGUUAAUGGUGGUCAUCAUGCAAUGGGAUUAACUGGAACACCUUUAUUAGAUCCUGGUACAUCUCAUUGGCCACCUACUGGACAAUCAAAUAAUGUACCUAGUUAUAUCAAUGAAGAUGGCGGUACAUCACCAAAUGAAUUAAGAUAUAAAGUUGAUGAAUAUUUACCUUCCUAUUUUGGUCAGCAAACAACAAAUCAAACUAUUAUGCAUACCGGUCUUCUUGGUGCUAAUAAAAUUGGUUCACCUAAUGACGGUAUUGUAGAUGAUGUUGGACCUACUGGUGUUGGCGGCGGUGGUGCUAUGCCCACUUCAAACUCUAGUGGUUUGCCAUAUGGUGGCGGUGGUGCUGUAUCCGGUACAAAUGCCGGUGGUACACAUAUUCGGAAUAUAACCGGUUUAUACAGUGGCGGUGGUCCAGAAGAAACUAUGGCUCGAGAUAUUGAUGACAAUUUAGGCAUGGGAGUUGGCAUGACAACAACAGAAUCAUCACCUGAAAAUGUAGCUGGCGCUGAACAAGAUGAUAUACAAAGUCAAUCAGGUUGUUGUGGCUGCUUUGGUCAACGGUCUAAAAAUCGACGUCUUCGAUCUCAGUUUAUCUAGUAUUUCUACUAUCGUCUGGUAUCCGUGUCUGUCUCAUCCAGAAAAGAGUUAUGGUAACGACGAUGAUGCUCAUGUUUGUAUGUGUGUUUAUACGUGUUUGUAAUUCCAAUGUGUUAUUAUUGCUUUGAUACAUUUUGAUAUUUUCCGUUGAAUAAUUUGAACGGUGUAUUAUUAUGAUUAUUAUUGUUGCUAUAGCUACUAUUGUAUUAUAAUAAUGUAUAUGUGUUUGUACACAUGAUAUUUGCUUCGCCUUUCUCUCGUUUUGUUCCUUUCGUGUUUUGUUUUUUUUCCACAUUACAAUACCUAUAAUUGUGACAUAAUCGUGUCGUAUAAUGAAUUAUUUCAUGUCCUGUUCUGGCCUCCUCACCUUUAUGUUAUCGUUUUAGCAUUUACUGGAUACUACUACUAAUACUACUAUUACUACUACUGAUAACAACAAUGUAGUAACCACCGACAUAUUGGAUAAGACAGUUAAUAAUGACCGGAUAAAAAUUCAUUGGAUACAUAAACCUUUUUUUGCUAAAAAUAAAAAUCUCAGGAUUUAUCUAUUCAUUGUGUUUCUCUCUCCCCCUUCCCCCCUUUUUUCUUGAUUUUAUUUUAUCUCAGCAAUAAGUCUUUUUGAUAAUUCAUUAUUUCUUUAUCCGUUUGUGUUGUUUUUUUUCUUUUUUUUUGUUUUCCUUACGAAACAGCUUUUCAUUUUUGUAUAAUCUACGUGUAUGGAUGAUGUAAUAAUGAUAUCGAGUUGUUUUUCCCUUCUUUCUUUCUUUCUUUUCAUAGAGAUCGGUGAAAUAGUGUUGGUGUUUGUUUUUUUUUGAAAUAAUUUUUUUGUGUGCCCAUUUAUCAUUUAUACACAAAUACAUCAUUACCCCUAUUAGAGUUGUGUCUUUCAAAGUGGCCUUUUUCAUUAUUCUCUCAUUAUUAUUCUAUACAACAUGUACAUAUUAAAGGAUAGAUGAAGAUUAAAUGAGAGAGUUUAUAAUAUGAUAGAAUGAUCGCCUUCUAUUUCUCCACUUUCAAUUUUUCCCGUUUUUUCUUUUCUUUCUUUCUUUCUCUCUUCCUCUCUCUCUCCCUCUCCUUGUAUGUGUUUUUCUUGUUACGUCAUAAUUCCAACUACAUUCAUACAUCUAAUAUGUCCUAUGUGUAAAGUCUCAUUGUUCAAUACCGAAGAAUUAAGUAUAUAGGUAAACAUACAAAAAAAAGUGUGUAAUUACAAAGAACUGUUCUUUUCCUUUUUUUUUCUGUUUAGGGGUUUUUAAGGUGUGUGUGUGUGUGUUCCCACUUACUCACUCUCUCAUACACACACGCACACACACUAACAGACAAACAAACAUUAUUCUUGAAUAUUAUUUUGACUACCAUUGUUUAUUAUUAUUGUGUAAUCCUAUGUCUUUGUUCUAUACUUGUAUUAUUUUGUGUGGUUUUCUUUUUGUAAUAGGUUACACAAUAUUUUCUGAGCAUAGAAACGACGACAUUUCAUUUUUCAGUCGUAUCAAUUGUUGUUUUAUGGAAUCAUUCUUGUCUAAGAAGAGAAUGUUGUUUUGUUUUUGUAUUCUUUUUCUCUUUCUUUCUUUCUUUCUUUCUUUUCUUUUAACCGAUUGACAAUUCUCUCAAGAAUACGCCUUUUUUUAAAAUAUACAUCCCUAUACUGUUUAACGGUUUUCUUUAAGGAUAGUGAAUUCAGUCAUGUUAUUAUUGUUUCCUUCAUUUCUUUCUCUCUCUCUCUCUCUCUCUCACAAGUAGAUAUCAUUGUUAUUUUGUUAUUGUUCUAAAUCAUUUUACGCUUUCAUGAAUGAAUAUUAUCUCUAUGGCUCAUUAUG